CCUUUUUCUCUUCUUAGCAGCAAAUGCAUUGCUGCGACACCUGAGUGACUGAGUCCCUGAACUGACUGCUCAUCACCCUGGAUGAUGCUUAGCGCUCAUUGGCAAUGGAUGGUAAACCUUUCAAUAGCGUUGCUUCUCCUGCUACUUCCGCCGUUGCAGGUGAUUUGCCGGCAGUCUGUAGCUUCUGAGGAGUGCCAUGGCUGCAUGCCAUCAGUGGAAUGGCAGACCAUAACGAAACGCAACUACUCUUCAGAGAUCCGUCUCCAUCCUCACCUUCUUCUCCUGGUUACCGUUCCAUGGUCUGGAGAGUCUAGGUCCCUUAUGAAGGAAUUAGGUCUUGCAUUGAAUAGUGAACAUUUCAGAUUUGGCUCCCUAAAGCUGAGGGUCCUAUUUAGGAACAAUGAGAGAACUCUGGCUGAAGCUCUCGGUGCUAACACCGGAAUCUCAGUUGUAUAUUAUCAGCGUUCCUUGUUUUACAAAUACCGUGGGAGACUCAGAGCUCAGAACAUAUUAUCUUCCAUCCAUUAUGCUAUGUCAUUACUGCCUGAAGAACUUCCUCUGAAAUCGGUGAGCACAGCAGAAGAGCUGAACGUUUUCCUUGGUUCUACUGACAAGGCUUUACUUCUCUUAGAAUUUUGUGGAUGGACUCAGAAAUUGCUGGCCUUGGGCAAGAACAAUGGAACAGAUAAUGGGUUUGGUUUCAAUGAUGAGUUCAAUAGAACAGUUGUCAAUGAGAGUAAAAUUCAGAAGGUGUGCAGUUAUUUUUCAUUAUGAGGGAACAAUAAAUGAGAAGAUGGAAUGCGAUAUUGAUGACAGGAGUGGUUUCAUUCCUCAUCUUAACAAGUUUUCUUUAGGAAAUGACAGCACUCUCUUGGAGGCUGAGUUUAUGUCUCAUGGCUCAUCUACUUGUGGAAUUAAGGAAUUCGUGCAUUUCAAGUCUUUCUUAGAAAAAACUGUGAUAGCUGCAAGGGAGUUUUUUCUUCCUCCUGAGAGGCUAAGAUUUGGUGUAGUUACCAAUAAAUCACUGCUUUCCGUGCUAAAUGUUGAAGAUCCAGGGUCAUGGUUGAUGACACUGCAAGUUGCUGGAUGCCCAACUUGUUCAAUUGUUUUUAAAGAAGGCAAUGAUCUAAAAAAUGCAAUACAGACUCAAGUGUCACCCGUUGCAGAGCUCGAAGAUGAUUCAGAUGACGCAGGGCUCUCUCUUCCAGCCAAUAAGCCCUCAGUGCUUCUUUUUGUUGAUAGAUUUUCAGUUUCGUCAACUUUGAGAAAAGAGAGCAAGAAAGCUAUUGAUGCCUUUAGAGAGUUAGCACUCCAUUAUCAUUAUCAUAACCUCGAGAGUAGAAAAGAUAACCGAAUUUCAGAAAUGGCAUCUGUUAAAGCACUUCAAGCAUUGAGGAGUACUUCUGAACACCAUAGAAUAGAUCUGUUUCACGCAGCACAAAAGAUAAAUGCCAAUGACAAGAUGUCUUUUGUUAUAAUGAAUGAUGGGAAACAUGUCUCUGUUGAAAACUUCGCUGAUUUGCAAGGGAGUUCUUUCCGUGAGAUAUUGACACAUGUGCUUAAGCAGAAGGAGCUGAGGUUAAGCACAAUUGCAAAAGGUGCAGGAUUCCAACUCUUAUCUGAAGAUCUUAAUAUCGAACUUGGUGGCGUUUUUGCAGCGCAGGUCAGUGAUCACCCUGACCACGCUUCUGAAUCCCCCACAAGUAUAGCGACUACAGGUGCUCAUGAUUCCGAGUCUUUUUGUAACAAUGGGCCUUCUAAUGUUCAAAUAGAAAAUGCUCAACCGUUAGUAGUGCAGACAGAAGAUCAGUCUGAUCAACCUCCUACAGGAAACCCAGAAUGGGUUCAAGAAGAUACGUUGGACUUGGAUGCAAUUCAGGUGCUACAUAAGGCAAAUCCUUUUCAUGGACGACAUAUGCUGCAACCAGAAGUCCCUGCUGCUGAAUCUUUUGAGCUAUCUAAUGACAAGAACUUUAUUGAAGAUCCUCAUGUUCAAGAAGCAACAGAUGGUUCAGGAAGUGAGAGGAUCUUUGAGAAAGAUCUCAAGGUAGAUGAGGAAAAAUGCAAGGAAGAACAUGAAAAAGUGAUCAACUUGGAAUAUGUGCAAUCUUUAGCAGUGCAGACAGAAGUUCGGACCAAUAAACCCUCUGGGGGAGACCCAGACGGAGCUCAAGAAGCUAUAUUGGACUUAGAUAUGGUUCAAGUGCUAGAAAGGGAAACUAUCGCUUAUGGAGAGCAAGUGGCACAGCCAGAUCUCGCUGCCUCUGAAUUAUCUAAGAAGAAUACUAAAAAGAAUAUUAUUGAACAUUCUCAUGUACAAGAAACCACAUACGGUUUGGGAAAUGGGAAGAUAUUUGAGAACACUCUUGAGGUAGAUGAGAAAAAACAAGAGCGAAAUUUCAGAGGUUCCUUCUUCUUUUGUGAUGGUCAGUACAGAUUACUUAGAACCCUAACUGGAGGGUUAAAGGUUCCAUCUGCAGUAAUAGUAGACCCCACGUUGCAGCAACAUUUUGUUUUAGCUGAACAAGAAGUUUUCAACCAUUCUUUGCUAGCUGAAUUUCUUGAUAGAUUUAUCAGUGGGAGUCUUUCUCCAUAUCAACAAUCUGAGCCUUUUGCUCAAAGUCCCAGGCUAGCCCCAAAACCACCAUUUGUCAAUCAGGAUUUUCAUGAAGCAGAUUCUAUACCUAGGGUAACAGCAAAUGGCUUUACUGAGCUGGUUCUUGGAAACCAUUCUGACUCUACGUAUGGUAGCAAUUCUCGGAGUCGAGAUGUCUUGGUUCUUUUCAGCAAUGCUUGGUGUAGUUUUUGCCAGAGGAUGGAGUUGGUUGUUCGUGAAGUAUAUCGAGCUAUUCAAGAAUAUUUAGAUAUGCCUAAGACUGCAUCUGGUGACUAUAAAAAGCCACUGGCUGAUGAUGGUCUGACAAAUAUCAUUGCGAAGCUUCCAUUGAUUUACUUGAUGGAUUGUACAUUAAAUGACUGCAGUUUGAUUCUGAAACCUUUGUUUGAGAGAGAAGUUUACCCAUUGCUGCUGUUAUUUCCAGCUGAGAGUAAGAAUCCUGUUCUCUAUGAAGGAGAUGUAGAUGUAUCUGAGAUCAUCAAGUUCCUUGCUGAACAUGGCAAUUAUUCUUAUGGCCCCGCUAGGGAGAAAAAUUUAUUUACCUUUUUAGAUCCAAUAAGGACUGGAGCUGGAGGUGAAAUCGACCAGCUAGUGCAAAAUAGUGCUUCUUCCCUAAAGAAUUUAUACCAUGAAGUUUUACUUAAUGAUAGAAUGCCAAAAUCAAGGGAGUACACACAAAUAUCAAGCUCUUUGAAUGAUUUGCAUCAAGUACCCCUUGAAGUGGUGGUUGGUUCCAUGCUAAUUGCAACAAGUGUACUCUUGAAUUCUCAUUCAUUUGGUGAAUCUAUAAUUCUAAUGGUGAAAGGAGAUCACAGCUCGGGAUUUCAUGGUCUAGUUCUGAAUAAGAGGCUGAAUUGGGAGUCUUUGGAUGAAAUCGAUGAAGGUUUAGAAUUUGUGAAGGUGGCUCCUCUAUCUUUUGGUGGUCCGGUAAUAAGGCACGGAAUGCCUCUUGUGGCUUUGACAAAAAGACCUAUACAAGAACAUCACAAUUAUUACCCAGAAGUCCUUCCAAACAUAUAUUUCCUUGAUCAAAUGGCCACGCUUCGCUUGCUAGAGAACAUUAAAUCGGGAAACGAAUCUAUCGAUGGAUUCUGGUUCUUUUGGGGAUUUUCGAGUUGGGAUGGGAAUCAAUUAGUGAGUGAGAUUAUGGACGGAGCUUGGACGGUGAACAAAGGCAACGAGGAGCAAAUAGGGUGGCCUUCGAUGUAAACACCCUCUCAUUUCACCUCUCAAAAGUCGCUUUCUUUGGACUGCAUACAAAGAGAGUCUUAUACGAACCCAGUGGCGUCUGUCUUUGAUGCCUUAUAUAUACAGUAUAAGAAAUUAAAUGUAAUAUGCAUCAUCCAGCGCAUUUUUCACCGAUCCCAUAUCACUGCAAAUAUCUUAAAUAAAUACAUUUAAACUCUAGGGUUAAAUGUAUAAUAAUCCAAACAAGUUGGGUUAGACUUUAAAGUUAUUUUUCUAACUAAAUUUUUUGAAACUAC